AAUUUCCAAGAUGGUGGACAAUCAAAACACACCGACGUGACUGUACUUAUUGAGAAUCGAAUUUGCUCUUUAGCUUCAUAAUUUGGAUACCACUUGUAGUCUAGGGAGGUGGCGCCUGUUGUGGACUUAUAUGAUGGACUUUCUGGGGUUCCUUUGCUAAAUUCGGGCAUGUGGUACCGUUGAAACAUUUGGUUCAUGGCCGUUACACCGUCACCAGAAUUUUCGCCAUUUGAACAAGAAUCGUGAGGCUGAGGGCGCGACUGCGCGGUUGGUGCUACGCACAUCACCAGAUGAAUGACUGAGAUACACAAGACAACAAAUAGUGGGAACGGGCCGAUUCUUUAUAAACAAGAUGUUGCAAGAGAAAGCAGAUGAUCUAAGUGAUGACCUUGAUCUCUUCUUUAACGACAAAGGAGAACUUCAAGUUCACAGGAUACGUCACGGCCAACGUCUGCUGCAGGGGUUACGGAAGGUCAACUACAGAGAACCCGCCUUUACUGCUCUUCUGAAAAGCAUAGAGAAGAACCUAGUCACUCUAGUUAUAACUGAGGACGAGAAUGGGAAAAGGCUGAAUUACCCAAAACUACAGGCUGACUUAGGACCGGCUAUAACCGCUUUGAACGAGUCCAGAACAACUCAUACAUUGUGUGACGUCAUAUUGUACGUCAGCGACACCAAGUUCCACUGCCAUCGGGCGGUCCUGGCCGCGUCUAGUCCUUUCUUCGCCACACUUCUGCUUGGAGAAUUCAGAGAAGGAAAGGACGAAAAGGUCCGGUUGAACGACGUACAGUCGCACAUAGUCAGCGAUCUCUUAGACUACUUCUACACGGGGUCUCUGAACAUCAGGAACGGUAAUGUGGAGUCUCUGCUCCACGCGGCUUCGCUGUUUCAACUCAGCUCCGUCGUGACCGCCUGCUGCAGGUACCUCUCGCGCCAGCUGGACUCAGACAACUGUUUCGGCAUUUUACACUUCGCAGAGUUCUACUCCUGCAAAAGCCUGGUAGAAGAGGCCAGAGCGUUUGCUAUAGAUAACUUCCCAGACACCGUCAGAACGGGAGAGUUUGAGCUUCUCUCCUAUGACCAGGUCCUGUUCUUCCUCACUGACGAGAGAUGUCAGUGGUGUAAAGAGAGCGUCUAUGAAGCGGUCAUGAAAUGGACCAAGGCCGACACAACGCGGCUCGAGUUCUUACCGGCCUUGCUGAGAUGCGCUGACCUUCGUCUGAUGACUGAGGACUACUUCAAGUUCAACGUAAAGCACGAACCAUUGAUCAAGAACGAUCCCGAAUGUUUAGACAUCAUCCAAGAAGUAGAAGAAGAUCUCUUCCAGCAGAGAACACAUCGCCUUCCUGCGGAGAUACUGGUACAGGUAGGCGGGAUCAGCGGCAGCGAGACGGCGGGACACGAGCCGGCCAAAGUCCCGUACAUGGACUGUCUGGGCCCGUGGAGAUGCUCCCAUGCUAUCUUGUCCGACCUUCCCGUCAGCCUGGUCUCCAAGAACUGCUAUCUAAACGUCCUGGCCAUGGAUGACGACAUCUACAUCCUCGCCUCGAUGGAGCGGUGCCAGGCUGAGGACCCGAGAGAGAUGCAGUUCUGGAGGUAUGUCUCUUCUGCUGACCUGUGGUUGCGCCUGCCCGAGCCCCUGACGUUUCACCAGGGCCAGUUCGGUUUUGUGGCGGCUCAGGGACGACUUUACGCCGUCGGGACCAACAUGGCUGCCGACAAAGCCGCGGAGUGCUACGAAUCCUUCUCACCACGGAACAACCGGUGGAGGAGGAUAGCUCCAGUGCCGCACACCGUGGAAAAAACUGUCAUGUCGUCAUGUCAGGGCAAAGUCGUCGUCAUGGGCUACUGGGAAGGCCGACACGAGAACUUUUAUGUCCAAACGUACGAUUCUGACACAGGCACGUGGGAACACUACGAAGUGGGGUCAUUUCACUCGGGUAAACCGCAGUACCAGAGCGCUGUCAUCGGGUCCAAGAUUUACCUGAUGCCGUACGUGGUCGCACGUAACUGCAUGUGCGCCUUCGAUACGGAAAACCGAGAAUUUGAGCGGAUCCCAAUGCCCGUGCACAGCCACAUUCACGGCGGUAUGACUGCUAUUGGCGGCAAAAUGGUCGUCAUCGGUGGUAAAGACCAUCUGAACGAGUACACUUCCUCCGUUAUCGAGCUGUUGGACCCGGAGCAGGGGGAGUGGCUGGACGUGGGGCGGCAGGUAGAGCACCUCAGGCGGUCGCACGCCGCCGUGACCAUCCGGGACUGCGGAUGGAUACACGAAAAGCUUCACAAAGUCAUGCAGAAAAACAGGAAGAAAUACGCCAGGAGAGAAUCUUUCGUAGCCGGGUACGAACUUCCGCUGACUGAUGGAGAAUACACUGUACCAACAUGCUGAAUGUUUCAUCAAUAGAAUAAUUAGGCCAUGCUGAUUUGAUUAGUAGUAUGUGGAUCCGCGGGUAUCAGUAUUUGUCUGUUUCCAAAAAAAAAAUAGUUUUCAACCAUGCUGAAAAUCACACAAACCAGCUGCAAAAUGAGCAACUUAAUGCUGUAGGGUUUUAUAGCUAAAAUAUCGGAAAACGGCUACUAAUGUUGUGGAAUGCCAAAGUCAGUCCCAAAGUCAAAGCUGUGAAAUUGCGAACAAUCUUUUUUUCGGUAUACCAUACUCUGCUGUGUGUUUAGUCUUUUGUUCAACCUUCCUGACCACUUAGAUCUCAUGAACGCAAUUUGUUUGCCAACCUUUUCAUGCGCAAGAUCAGAGCAGCUUUGUGUUCCCGGAGGAUAUGUCAAACAUAUAUUUAAAUCAACAUGGCCUUAUUGCAUAUUCAUAUUUGUCAGCUACAUGCAUCCAGGCCAGUGUCAUCUGUAUAUAUGAUUUUAAACUAUAGAGAAAAGUAAAUAUAAGAUAACCAUUAACUGUGUGUAUAACUUAACAAGUUAUAACUAAAAUUCGUCUUGAUGUAGACCACAUUCUAUCAUGUUCUUAUGUCAAUAAUGCACUUGACACUUAUCCAUUUGAGUCAGAAAACAAGGACACGUGACAUGCAUUUAGUAACUUUAAUUGAUCCCUGAGUACUGUGUUGCACUCUUGACAAUACCUCUGAGGUUUGUAUAUCCAUGAAUAAUUUAAUUAGGUUAGAAAACCACUGGAUAAUAAGGUUCUUUAUUCACAGUCAAUAGUCUAUACAUGACAACAUUGUAAACAGCGACACCUAUCAGAACCAGUCGUUAUUGCCACGAGGAAGGUAACCGAUGGUCAUCGACAUGCUAUGUUGGUUGUGAUUGUAUAGUGUACUGGUUGUUGAUCCAGUUAUGCAUAGGUUUGACUACAUGAUAAGUUGUUGUUUUCAUAAAUUAUACAAAUUUUACUUAGAGAAGUCUUACACAUACACAGAUUGCCACAACAAUCCUAUGACAUACCAAAAUAAUAUCCAUAACUAGGACAACUGUUGUAAAAUAUUCAUAAUUUCAAAUGAAAAAAAAA